AUGACCGCCCACAACACCAAAAACAGCAAAUCGAACUUCUCCCGCCGUCUCCAGGAGACGGGCUACCAGCGCAGCAUCAUCGGCCGCGGCCAUACGUCUACAGAAAAGCGAAUUCUACCUGAUAUAUCGCCCGAGGACUGGGAACGGUUGUUGCGGGAUCCGGCUGCGAAGGAGGCGAUGACGGCGGGGUGGGGAACUGUGUAUGCUUGGUUGAAGAGUUCUGUGCCGGUGAGGAGGAAGAUUACGGAGGCACAGAGAGCGAAACGGAAGCCAAGAAGUCAGGAGAAUGGUAUUGAGGAAAAGGACGUGGUGGUUGGGGAUGAGUCGUUGGAUGAGAGUGAUGUUAGAGACGCUUCACCUGGUAAUGAUGUUGAGAAUGGAGAUGCGCCGGCUGCACAACUUCCAUCUGCAUACCCUCCAUCUGGAGGGACUACGGUUCACCCCCAGCUACCUAGUUUCCAAACGUUACUUGCACCCUCGGUAGGCCCGGUCGGUCAACCGACAACGAGAACAUAG